AAACAAAGAGACUUAUCCUUAAAUCUAUCAAUACUGACCCAUUUUAACGCUACAUCUAGCUUAGACAUGUGAUGUUUAUAUUUUUGCAUGUUUGAAUAUUCAAAUUUUCUCCCCACACUGAGGGUUACCUGUCAGACGGAACAGAGAAAACAGAUCUGUCUGCAACAGAACAAGAACAUCUUAACUUACUUCAACACAAGAGAACCUAACUGACUAAAAAAAUCAGUCAAAAUAAAACAUUUCCAUCGGACACAGCAAAUAUGCAGUGGACUCUGUUUCUGCUGAUUUGGACGGGUCAAUAUUGUCCAGUGGUUUGUCAGUUGUACGAGUUUCACUACAUUAAUGAGAAUAAAAACUGGACUGAAGCUCAGCAGUACUGCAGAGAGAAUCACACUGACCUGGCCACAGUGACUAACAUGAAGGACAUGAAGAGACUCAUCAACAUCUCAGCUGGAGGUCAGAGGGAAGCCUGGAUUGGUCUGUAUUAUCAAACAGAUGGUACCAGAAAGUGGCACUGGUCUGAUCCUGGACUGGAGUUCAAUGAAAAUGAGACAAACUGGAACCAAGGAGAACCAAAUGACAAAACUGGGUGGCAGAACUGUGGAAUCAUAUGGAAGAGCCUGAAGUGGGGAGACCUGUCCUGUAAUGAUCCUCGAUAUUUUCUCUGCUAUGAUGACAGAAAUUCAUCCAAGAAAUAUCACUUGAUUCAAGAAAGGAAAACUUGGGCAGAAGCUCAGAGUUACUGCAGAGAGAAACACACAGACCUGAUCAGUGGAACGAAGCAACUACAGGAUGAAGAAGUGAAGAAAGAAACCAGCUCUGUGGGAGAUGAUACAUACAUUUUAAUUGGUCUGUUCAGAGAGAAAUGGAGGUGGUCAGAUGGAAGCAGUUUCUCUUUCAGAAACUGGACAAAAUUGUUUGACAAUCAGCCAGAAUACAGAGGUCAAUGUGCCAUGACUGUGUUUGAUAAUGGAGGCAGAUGGAGGAAUGAGAACUGUGAUGGAAGAAAACCCUUCAUCUGUUAUGAUGAUGAAGUGAUCCUGAUCAAAGAAAAUAAAACCUGGGAGGACGCCUUGACCUACUGCAGAGAUCAUUAUGAUGACCUGGUCACCAUCACCAACAUGGAUGAUCAGAGAUGGAUCCAGGAGAAAGUCAAGAACGCAUCGACUGAUUAUGUCUGGAUGGGUCUGAGCUACGCCUGCACUCUGGAUUUGUGGUUCUGGGUCAGUGAUGAGGUGGUCAUCUAUAAGAACUGGGCCAAAGGUGAACCGAUGGACGACUGUGACAUGUCUGGUGCUAUGGAGACGAGAGGAAAACAUCAGUGGUUUAAAAUGAAUGAUACUGAGAAGUUUAAUUUCAUCUGUUCUAAGUAAAGGCCAGCAGUAGUUGUUUUUAGCCAAGUGUCUUUAGAUCUGAACUUCCAGGACUUAAAUCUUGUUUUUUUUUUGAUUGAAGACCAAAUUUAAUGUUAAUUAAAACCUUUUAUAUGCAUGUUGAGUAUCUACAUAAUCAAAAGACACAAAUGUAUCAGCGUAUGUCAAUAAAGAUGUAAAAUAAACCAUAAAAGACCAAAAAAGAAAUGAACAUCUUUGUGUUCUUUUCAUUUUAAUAAGACUCAGGCUGAGUAAUUUGCUUUUGGUACAUCAGUUCUUCUGCAUUUAUUCACAUUCAUCCCAACUUUUAAGUUGUUCCAGAAGCUUCACAUAAAUUUAAAAUAUCAAUUAAUAAAAAACAUCUGAAAUCAGAUCUCUGAAAGAUUGAAGAAUAUCUGAGAAGCAGGAAACUCUUAACCACACUUCUCUUAUUAGCUUGAGAAAAGAGUCUGUUAGUCAAACUUCAAGUAUGCAGAGAAAAAUAUCUG